GGCGCGGAGCUGCGGGCGCGAAGAUGGCGAGGCGGCGACGGGGCGCGGGGCCCCUCUGGGCUCUGGGGCUCUGCCUCGCGAGGGUCGCCGGGCAGCUGGUGGAGCCCAGCACGGCCCCGCCCAAGCCCAAGCCGCCCCCGCUGACCAAGGAGACGGUGGUGUUCUGGGACAUGCGCCUCUGGCACGUGGUGGGCAUCUUCUCGCUCUUCGUGUUGUCCAUCAUCAUCACUCUGUGCUGCAUCUUCAACUGCCGCGUGCCCCGGACCCGGAAGGAGAUUGAAGCCCGCUACUUGCAGCGGAAGGCCGCCAAGAUGUACACGGACAAACUGGAGACGGUGCCCCCCCUCAACGAGCUCACGGAGAUCCCCGGAGAGGAUAAGAAGAAGAAGAAGAAGAAGGACAGUGUGGACACCGUGGCCAUCAAGGUAGAGGAGGAUGAGAAGAAUGAAGCCAAGAAGAAGAAAGGGGAGAAAUGAGGAGGGCUUCCUGGAGGUGGCAGCCCAGGCUGGCUAGCCCUGGGGCUCAAGUUCUGGCCAGGGUCCGGGCAUCUUGGACUCCCAGCACAUCCAUGGACUAGAGAGAUUGCAGAACACCCUCUUCUUGGCUCCGAGGGGCCCGCUGAGGCCCCAUCCUGACAGCCCACUGGGGGGCAGGGGCCGGACUGCACCUGGCAUCCUGCCUCCCAGCCUGGACUCCACUCCUUUCACCCCACCCACGUGGCCGCUCAGCAAAGGUGGUCUUGGGCCACUGUCCCCCUGCAGAUCCGGAGUGGGGUGGCCUUGCACCCACCCAGACAUGCCUCUGUCCCUACUGCCAGGAACAACAGUGGCUCUACGGGGCUGACGGGACGUGGCUUGCCUCUUAGAAGGAGACGGCAGAACUGGAGGGGCUGGAGUGUGACGCCACAGCCAGGCUGGCCGCGGGGGAGAAGAGAGUCACUAGGGGAAGCUGAGCCAAGGCUCUCAGCCUUCUCCAGACAGCAGCCCUGGUAGCCAGGGAGCUUGCCCAGGCCCAGCCGGGGUCCUGGCCGGGGAGGUGACUAGAAUGCCCAUCUGGAGGCAGGGGUACUCCAGCCCCACAUGCCAGGCAGCUGCACUGGACCUGAGGCUGCUGGGAGGCCGAGUGUGAGGCCUGGGGACUCGGGGCAAGAUGGGGGUUCGGGGGUGGGUCGGGGUGCAGAAGGCUGAGACCUGCGGGCUAAAGGGAGAACGGAAGAAAGCUGGUAGCAGGGCCCCAUCUGGGAGAAUCCAGGGAGUCCCGGAGAAGCCGAGGGGAGCAUUGUGGGGGUCGUCAGGGUCCCCCCCUGCCGGGGUCACCGCAGGGGACAGUCAGGGGCGCCAAGGCAGCAGGUAGCCUUCUGCCCGUUGUGCAGAAUAGCAUCCAGCUCCCUCUUCUACCACCUCAACAGUGGCACCUCAGGGAGUCACUGCUGACCAGAGUCGGGGAGGCCCACAGCCCUCACCCCAAGGCUGACUUCUCGGGGAGGGGACAUACAGAGGGAUUUCCCGAUGGUGGCUAACCUCCACGGAGGUGCACACGUCUGGGCCUGGAAACUGAGGAGACACCAUGGUUCCUGAGCUGGGGCGAGCAGCCUUGGUGGCCUGCGACGGAUGUGUAA